CUUAUUGCACCACAAUGGCAGUCCGUAAUUUCUAAACUCAACCACGCCCUUUUCCGGUAUCGCGUCGCAACACUAUAUGAAGUAUCGAGACCGAUUGUCUUCCUUUCUUCCCCGUCCAUAACCAUAAACCUCCAAAGUCUCAACUCGAAGAACAUUCUAGUCCGUUUUCAGAUAAAGCUUGAAGAAAACAAAAAUAGAAAGAACUGCCUCCGUUCUCAAUUGAGAGGAACCGUAAGAAUUUGCGAUAUAAUGGUUGAUGUAGCCGAUAAAUUGGCGUAUUUUCAAGCGAUCACAGGCCUCGAAGAUCCCGAUUUGUGCACAGAGAUUCUCCAAGCUCAUGGCUGGGACCUGGAACUCGCGAUCUCAGCCUUUACCUCCAAUAACAACAAUAAUGAAAACGAUAGUAACGCCGUCUCCACCACUACAGCUUCUGCCACCGACACUGGAAGUUCCGCUGUGGAAACCUUGAAUUCAGCCUCUCGUGAUGCAUUUGACCGUUCCGAUUCUGGUGCUGGAGCUGUAGCCGCAGCGGCCCCUGGUUUAGCCUGGAAACUUAUUACCUUACCUUUUUCUGUGAUUUCAGGCAGUUUAGGGCUAAUAUCUGGUGCUGUUGGACUUGGUUUAUGGGCUGCUGGUGGUAUUUUGUCUUAUUCUCUUGGAAUGGUCGGGCUGGGGUCAAGCGCCGGGCGGAAUGGGGAAUCUUCAACCCGACUUGUUUCGGUAUCUGCCGCUGCUAGAGAGGCGAUGGAGUUUGUAUCGGUGUUUGAGAGAGAGUAUGGUUCUAGAAGGCCGAAUUUUGUAACUGAAGGGUUCAUGGAUGCUCUGCAAAGGUCGAGGAAUGCUUACAAGUUGUUAUUUGUGUACUUGCAUUCACCAGAUCACCCGGAUACGCCUAUGUUUUGUGAGAGGACUCUGUGUUCAGAUGUUUUCUCCGCGUUUGUGAAUGAGAACUUCGUGGCCUGGGGAGGGAGCAUUAGGGCUAGCGAAGGAUUUAAGAUGAGUAACAGCCUUAAGGCUUCCAGAUAUCCGUUUUGUGCCGUAGUCAUGCCCGCCACAAAUCAAAGGAUCGCGUUACUUCAACAGGUUGAGGGUCAAAAAUCUCCUGAAGAAAUGCUUGUGACACUACAGAGAGUGCUUGAAGAAAGUGCACCUGUCCUCGUUGCAGCAAGGAUUGAAGCAGAGGAAAGAAGCAACAACAUGCGUUUGAGGGAGGAACAAGAUGCUGCAUACAGAGCAGCACUUGAAGCUGAUCAAGCCAGGGAACGGCAAAGGAUAGAAGAGCAAGAGCGUCUAGAGAGGGAAGCUGCUGAAGCAGAGAGGAAACGAAAGGAGGAAGAAGAAGCUCGAGAGAGAGCAGCACGUGAAGCUGCAGAAAAAGAGGCUGCUCUGGCUAGAAUUCGGGAGGAGAAAGCUCUAUCGCUUGGUGCAGAACCUGACAAAGGACCUGAUGUUACACAAGUUUUGGUACGCUUACCAACUGGCCAACGCAAAGAAAGAAGGUUCCACAAUACUGCCACUAUCCAGUCUCUAUAUGACUAUGUUGAUUCUUUGGGUCUUUUAGAGGUUGAGACAUACAGCCUUGUCUCAAAUUUUCCAAGGGUCACAUAUGGUUCAGAGAAACUCUCUCUGUCCUUGAAAGAAGCAGGGUUGCAUCCUCAGGCCAGCCUUUUUGUGGAGCUGAGUUAGGGAAGUGUAUUGCCUUAAGAAGACUAAUCCAAAAAUGGGUGAUGCAAGUAGGGUACUUUGUUGUGUUUCUCUUUUCUUAUUUCAGAUUUGAUUAGCAAUGAUAGCCAGUAAGAUAUGAUAGAUUCUGUGUUUUAAUAUUUGGUUUCAUUUUCCUUUAAUGCAAAGAUGCAAUGAAAAGAAAAGGAGCUGAGGGUGGAAAAUGGGGUUGAAAUAAGGAAUGUUAUACUAAUUUUGCACAUAUUAUCAGUUUGAGAAAUUCUAUUAUUAGCUUACCCCCCCUUACUCGAUUGUAAGAUUCAAGUGGUUUGCAAUUCUCCUAGAUUUCUUUUUAAGAUGAGAUAUCAGACUGUGCUGAUGGUACGUUGAUUGUGAUGGUAAAGUUCGGAUUCACAGAAGCCCAGUCUUGUGUGUGGAUUGCAAUAUUAUAUAUAUAUAAUACUUAUAGUGAAUAAGUAUUUGUUUUC